AUGCCUAAAAAGCUCAACAAACAAGUAGCUCAUUUCGCAAUGAAUGAAUGUAAAAAAAUUAUAUUUUCCUUUCAUCCGAAGAAUAUCAUAUUUUUCAAUUCAAAUAUUUCUCGUCUCUUUAUAGCAACAAUUAAGCUGAAAAAGACAGCUGGUUUAACAACUCAACCAACAAGUAUGUGCAAAAUGAGUCAAUACAGAACUUUUGUGUUCAUCCUUUAUCCUAAGAAUAUUACAUGUUUAGCCUACGAACAGGCCCUCCUGGGUUACGGGCGGCGCGAAGAAAGGAUCCAGGGCCUGCACGGAACUAUAUGUUUUCUUGGUAGUGGCGUUCGUAUAGAAACGGGGGCUUCUGAUUGCCUUACUAUACACUCGUUGUCAAAAUUAUUAAAAAUAGCAAAUGUAAACAACAGCAUUUUGAACUCUAUUCAUUUUAAUAUUAUAAUACUAUCGAACAAAGUAAAACUAGAAAUGGAAACUAAAAGCAAUAACAUAGCAUCACAGCAAAAACGUGCAUCCUAAAUAAGGUGAAUCUAUCGCUUAAAUCCAACACACAAAAAUUAUAGUAUUCUGAACUUCUUCUCCGGAUUGACAUCAAACUAUAGUAAAGCAAGCUACAUUUUGAGGUUGUCGUAUUACAGACGUUAUAUUGACAUACUAGAGAUGGCUUCACGGGUUACUCUCAUUAGUGAGCAAGCGAAGGCAUACAAAAGAUACACAUGCAAACAUGUACGAACAAUUAUACUGUAUUGUUGAUUCUCGCUGGCAUAUCAUUUAGAUAAAUAUAUGUCGUCCGCCGGAAUAUUAAACUUUGUGCUAUUUAAUAAUUUACUAUAUAAACUCAGCUAACAAUUUUGUAAAUUAUUUAAUAAUUUCACUGCAUAUAUUAUUAACUUCCUGAACAAUGCUGGUUUUGUUUGAUAAAAACUAUAUUGCAUAUUUGCAUUCACUUUAUCAUUUGAUAUCAAAUACCGUCGAUACGGCUUCCACUAUUGGCAAUCUAUCUGUAUCUUAAAGUGGCACUCGCGUCAAAAUUUUUAUUUUCUUAUUUUCUUAAAAUGCUCUUAAAACUGAAUAGUAACUUGUUUUGAAGAACUUAAUUCUUGAAAUAUUUCAUUUUGUUUGUAACCGUGUGACGCCAAUGACUCAAUUACAUAUAUAAUGAGAAAUCAGUAAUUGUUGUGUAUCUUUGCUGUUUUUUAUGGAUUUGUUAAAAAAAAAAUUUGCUUAAUGAUCUAUAGGUUAAAUUUAAGAAACGCGCCGCAUCUUUGAAAAGAUUUGAUUAAAAAUAACAAAGAUACACAACAAUUACUGAUAUCUCAUUAUAUAUGUAAUUGAGUCAUUGACGUCACAUGAUUACAAAGAAGAUAUAACUGAUGCAAGAACUAAGCAUUGGAACAAAAAUCUUCAAAACAUGUUACUAUACAAUUAUAAUUGUUAAGAAAAUAAGAAAAUAAAAAUUUUGACGCGAGUGCCACUUUAAUACAUGGCUUCAAAUAUACAGAAAUUUGUUCUUUCAGUCACAAGUAGUACAAGUAUUAUUACUGAUCUAUUAUCCGGUGAAUUCUAUAUUUAAUAUAUUGUGUAUCUUGCUAUUACAGUAAUGCUUCGUAUUAUUGUAAAAUACAUUUCUUCGUUGCACAUACGCCCUACGUCAAUUUGACAGUUGACAGUUUAUUUAUCGCAUUGACGCUGAUUGGUUCGCGUUUAGCAGAUGCGAAAAGGGGAUGAUUGAAUAAAACGCAUGGUUCCGUGCUGGCUCACCUUUCUCCCAGUGAGCCUAUUCGCAGGCUAUUAUAUGUUAUGAUUUUAUCACUGAUCUCAUUAUAGCAACAUCUACACUGAAAAAGACAGAUGGUUUAACAAUACAACCAACAAGUAUGUGCAGAAUGAGUCAAUACUGAGCUUCCGUGUUCAUUUAAUAUUCUUAUAUUAAUUUUUAUGGUUUUACAUAUUACUCGUCUCUUUAUAGCAACAUCUAAACUGAAAAAGGCAGAUGGCUUAACAACUGAACAAACAAGUAGGUUCAUGUGCACAAUUUUAAAAUUAUAUAGUUCAAUUCACUUCCGUCUGCGUUCUUUCGUUUUUUCUUAAAUAAAUAAAUGUUAUGCUUUUAAAUAUUUUUUUAAUUAUAGCCAAAUCUACACCGAAAACGACAGAUGAUUUCACAGCUCAACAAACAAGUAAUUUCAUAAUGAAUCAGCAAUGUAAAAUUCCAUAUUCAUCCUUACGUCCUAAGCUAGUAUAUUAAACUUUUAUGGUUCUAAUUGUACUAUUUUCUGUGAUUAUAGUAACACCUACAUCCAAAAAUACACAUGAUUCAACAACUCAAUCAGCAAGUAUGGGCAGAAUGAGCCAAUGCAAAAAUUCAAAAUUCAUCCUUCUAUAAAAAUAAUACAUUUUCAUGGUUUAAAUUUACUCCUCUUCAUAAUUAUAGCGACAUCUGCACCGAAAAGGACAGAUGGUCUAACAACUCAACAUACAAGUAGGUUCACGAUUUUAAAAUUCCAUUACAGUUAAGUUCACUUCUAUAUGCUUCAUUCAUUUUCUUUUCAAUAUAGCAAAAUAUACACCGAAAAUGACUGAUGGUUUCACAACUGAACAAACAAGUAAUUUCAUAAUGAAUCAAUGUCAGAUUCUAUAUCCAUCUUUGCAUCCUAAGAAUUAUAUUAAUUUAAGUUUAAAUAACUAUUCCAACUUUCCUUAUAAUUAUAGCACAAUGAAUCAUUGUAAAAAUUCUAUAUUCCUCCUUUAAUCCUAAGAAUAUUACUUUUCUACGGUUUCAAACAUUUCUCUCCUCUAUAAUUAUAUAGGAACAUUUAAACCGAAAAAGACUGAAAGUUUAACAGUUGAACCAAUAAGUAUGUGUACAAGGAAUCAAUGCAAAAGAGAGAAGAGUAAUAUUUGGGACAGAAUGAUUUGUUCAAUGUUGCUGCUCAGAUAUCAGAAUUUACAUACAUAUAUGAAUUUCAUUGUUUUUACUUAAUCUGGCUCACUAGUCACAAUUGGAUCCUAUUCGUAUUGCCUGGCUAGGCGGGACAUGACAUUUCCCAGUAUGUUCUAUCCUGUCCUGCUACAAUACUGGCUAAGCGUGAGGUUUCCAUUGCCAGAAUCCUGGCUAUGGAAGCCAGGAAAUUUACCAUGUACAGUGAAGUAACACUCUAUUCCAAUCAGUCAACGCGAAAUUACCUUCAAAUAUGUGUUCUGCAUAUAGUCCAGAUCAUAUAAAAAAUUAUAUAAACAUGUCCCCGGUAAAUCUCGAAACUACAAUUUUAGUCUUUUAGUGCAUUACUAGAAUACCUGUCUCCCUUGAGAAAAUAAGCUCUCACCUCCAAAAAUAAGUUAUUCCUGUUAAGGGCUGUGAAUAUGGGCCAUGGCAGCCCAGCAAACAUGGCUGGAUUUAUUUUCAUGGCUAUUUAGUCAUUUGCCUCAGGCUAACCUGGCUAGUAGUGUUGGCAAGAAAUUUGAGUGAAAUGCUAGUAAAUUUGUUAAUGACAACAGCUUCGGAUUUCAGAAGACUUUUAUUAAUUGAUUUCUUAAUUGCUUGGGCCAAAAUAUGUAUUACAUGAUUUUUAGUCUAGUGAGCUGGUUAGCCAGCUUAUGACAUUUAGUGUGAGACGCCCAAUGCAGGAUAUCAACAUACUCAAGCAGAACUUAUACUCGAGGGAUAUUUCUAUUACUUAAGCCUGCAUGCAAAAGGCAAAGUUUGAAGACCCAUGUCCGAACCAUAUCAAUUUCAUGGCAAAAACAGUUACUGUAAAGACGCUUGCAGCAAAGCUCUGAAGUGACCCCAUAUGACUCCCAAAUGUUUGUUUACAUAUUUGAUGUGAUGAUGCGUUUUACGCAAUGCGAUUGGCUUUGAGAAAAAUGCAAACAAAAGUGCUGAUUGGUCGAGAAUGAAAUUCCUCCCUUGUUUAUCCUUCACAAACCUACUCUUCUCUAACGUUUGUUCUCUAAGCAACAUCUAUGCAGAAAAAGACGGAUAGUUCAACAGUUCAAUCAACAAGUAUACUCACAAUGAAUCAAUGCAAAUAUCCUAUAUUCAUCCUAAGAAUAUUAAUUUUUUUGGUUUUAAAUAUUACUCUUACCUUCAAUUAUAGCGACAUCUAUACCCAAAACGACAGAUAGUUCAACGUCGACCACUCAACCAAAAGGUAGGUCCAUUUUUACCUUGUUAUGUUUUCUAAUGCUAGAUUUCAAUGAACUCCUCAGUAUAAUUAUUAUAGCCUGAAGCCGACCAUUUCUUUGUGGGUCUUGGGGCACCUCUCUCGAUUUUUAAACUUUGUGUGUCUUUGAAAUGGCAUUUCCCGCAUUUUGAGAGUAAUUUUGACCAAAUGUAGCUAGUUAUAAAUAUGUUUUUAAUGGCGUAUUAACAACAUUGAAUUUCUAUAACUAAUUUUUGGCUGACCUAAAUUUGGUAAUUGCGACCUCAAGGUAAUUGGGAAAACCGCGUUUAACGCGGAAUGUUUCACUGUAGCUAACACCCUGACAAAUUAUAAAGAAUCAACUAAAGUUUGGUGAAUAAGAGAUGUUUCUUAAGAGACUACUAUAAAAGACUAUUGUUAAAAUGGUCAGUUAUACUGUUUAGUGUUAUUCAAAUUGGCUAACAAGAAUUUUAGUGAACUAGCAAUAAAAACCUGUUUUUAAAACAAUCUGAUUGAAGUUUGCGUUAUUUAUAUCUGUAUAUAUAUCUAUAUAUAUAUAUAUAUAUAUAUAUAUAUAUAUAUAUAUAUAUAUAUAUAUAUAUAUAUAUAUAUAUAUAUAUAUAUAUAUAUAUAUAUAUAGUGGUCUACCUGAUGAUUCCCAUACGGAUGAAACAGACUGUUGUGGUUUUUUUGAGCUAAAAUGAAAAACUAUAUUACGCUCUAUCUAUAUGGCAUUGAGCACUGUUUGUAUAUAUAUAUAUAUAUUGGCGAACAAGAGAUACGAGGCUACUCUAAGGACUAUUAUUAAAAUGGUCAGUUCUACUGUUUAAUUAGUGUUAUUCAAAUUGGCUAGAAUUUUAGUGAACUAGCAGUAAAAAAGCUGUUUUUAAAACGAUCUGUUCGGAAGUUUGCGCUAAACUUAUGUUUGAACAAGACAUCAAAUUGAAUAUAGGUAUUCUUUAAGAGCAAGACGGUAAAAACCUCUGAUAAUAUUUGUAUACUUAGUUGUGUUUUCAAUCAUAGCAUGAUCUUCAGGUUUUAGUUCACAUUAUCAGAUUUACUAUAGAACUAUGUGUUGUGAGAGAAAGAGGGAGACGUUAUGUCGGUGUUACAUGAAGUAUAGAACAUUGGAUCAGGAGUGCGGGAUGAUUGGAAAUGAGCACAUAUGUGGAGGUUUAUAUUUUGGGACGUUGAAAUAAAUAACGAUUUUAAAGACAUAACAGCAUUGAGUGUUUAGUUUAUGAUGGUUUCAGUAGUUAGGAAAAAAUGAAAAAAAAUCUCUCACUUCAUUGACUUCACCAAAACCAGGCACCAUGUUUACAAUUAUUAGCGCAAAACACGAGCCAAACACUUGCCAUAAAUCUACUACGAUAUAAAUCUACUAUCAUAUAAUCUACUAGCAUAAAUCUACUACGAUAUAUACGCCAUAUACAGUAGCUACUACGAUAAACCCUCUUACCGACGGGAAUCUCUAUACUUAUUCAACAAAAUGUAUUAAUCUAAUCUUCAGUCUCAUAGUUCAAAUGAUUAUUCUAAUGGUAUCUCCAAUUAAUAGAUAGACUAUACUAACUACAAUUAAAUAAAUUUUCAGAACACGACGUGUUUAAUUUUCUUCAGAUUGCAAGAAAGCACUACGUCUCGGCAUGGAAACUGGCGAGAUCUUGAACGCGCAAAUUACCGCUUCGUCUGAAAAAAACAGCUACCAUGGUGCAGAUAAUGCAAGACUAAACCAACAGGGACCUGGACAUAGUUACGCUUGGCUUCCAGCAACUGCCUCUGGAUCAUGGCUACAAGUUGAUUUUGAACUUCAGGCAACAAUAUCUCAAGUUUUAACGCAAGGAGGAGGUUAUCGGGAUUACCAAUGGGUGAAAACGUACACUUUAUCCUACAGCAGUAAUGGUGUUAAUUUCAAUCCAUAUCGUCAGAAUGGAGUGGCUAAGGUAGUCGAAAAAAUUUUGUGUGGAAUCAUUUGUCCCUCCCACUCAGAAAUGAGACGUCUUCCCCAUAAUAAGUGAUUGUACAGCUACGCUUUUCAUAUAAAAUACGUAUAUAGUGCUGUAAAAUUUACUUAUCCUUUAGAACUAGUUACAGUUGUAUUUACAUGCUCGAAACCAAAUGAACUAGUUGCCGGGAAAAGUUUCUUCACGAUUUUUUCUUGUAAAUUCUUUAAAGUUAUGUCAAAAACGCAUUAAUAAUUCAUGAGAAAAACACAAAGAAAAAUCACAAGCGUGUUGUGUUUUUAUAUGUACGUGAUAGAGAUCGAUUUGGUUUGAUUUACAUACACCACGUAUUUUUUGAACAUUAUUUCGCCAAUGAACUUACUAGAUCGAUCGUUUUGAAGCAAUUUAAAAUAUUCGCAGUGCGUGCUUCAUCAAACCUAAAGAUUUAGAUACUCGCCUUCGCCUCGUACCUUUAUGUCUGAUAAAAUGCUGUUGCUCAUGUUUUAAAUAAUACAUCUGCAGGUUUAAAUAAGUGAAUUACUGUAAAGAAUAGGACAACCCAAAACUGCUAGCCGGCAAAUACGAUGGUAGCUAUUUUGCAGUAGCCUACUGUGUAGUCCCUGCUGGGAUCUACAAAGUAGGCUAAUUGUGCAGUGAAUCAGUUUAUCGAUCACAUUAAGAUGAUAAAAGUUGUUAGCAUAAACAAUAUAGCAAGGACUAUAUUUUAACGUGAAAAUAUAACAAAAAAGUAACACAAACAUCGCUCUGAAAAGUAAGCCUUAUAUCGCUCCAUUUGUGCCAAAAUAUGUUAUAUAUACAGUAGUUUCACUCUUUCCCAAAAGGAACUAGUUAUCGUUACUGUUAGUUAUAAAGAAAGUGAGGAUUGCCUGCAAUCACUUGUAAGUUUAAUUGUGAAAAGUAGCUAAUACAUGACUGUGUAAUUGUGCAUAUAACAGGAUUGGAGGGGUGGGGUGGUGUCAAAUUCCUAAAGGGGAAGAUAUUCCAAGGAAAUUAGUUUCCUGUGAUGGCAAAUUUCCCUUUUGGUUUCACGCUUAUAUUAUAGUGUUUUAAGCUUUGUUUCUUUAUAUAUUUGCGCAGGAAUUUCCCGGGAAUAGAGAUCGAGACACGAUUGUCCGUCAGGAUAUUUCUCCAGUCAUCGUGGCCAGGUACAUCAGAAUACUUCCACAGACAUGGCACAAAAAUGUUGCACUCAGAGUUGAUUUCAGUGGAUGUUUGAAAGGUAUUAAGAGCAAGCCAUGUGGAUUGUUAAAAAUGGGAGUAGAGGCGUGGUGA